GUAAUAUAUAAUAAUCGUGUGUUAUAAUUUUAUGUAAAAUUGUUCCUCGAUUUUAAUCAUAAUUCCAUAAUAUUACCAUAUACCAUUCACGUUACUAACUUGAUUUCUCUUACUAUGUGAAAGAAGACGAAACAGACUCACAAGGGGGUAAGAAUGAAAGUUAUUCAUCAAUGUAUAAAGACUCUUUCCAGGAUAAUUUUUAACACAGUGUCAUAUUCUUGUGACGUUUUAUAGGAAUUCCUGCGCCAGUUGAGGUGAUUGUUAUUGUUGGACCUACGAAUUCUACGAUUGCCAAAUUUGGUAAGUAUUAUUUAUCACGUCUCAAAAAUAUUUGCCGGCUUUCCAUAUAAAUGUACAUGAUUAGGGUUAGUAUUUCGAAGAUUAUUAGGAAUGGUUUAAAGUAUAAGAAUCGAAAUGGCUGUAUGUGAAUAUUUGUUAAUACACUCGAUUGUAAUGUAUUGUUUUUCAGGGGACACAUUGAGAUGGAAGAUCUGGCCAUGGAGCAAGGUUCUUUGAUAAAUAUUCAUGUUAAUUAUUUAUUAUAAUUAUUCAUUAAAUGCUCUUACAAAACUUACAAGUCGACAGGUUGAGCUGUGUCCUCCAUUAUUCAGCUCAGCUCUCGGCUUCAAGUAAGGACGAUCGGCACACCUCCCCUCCCCCCCUUGUAACCAGUAUCUUAAGAUUUAACUUUUCACUGUACUAAUCCUUACGUUUUGUAGUGUGUGGAUGGAAAACAAAUCAGAGCGGUUCGAUGCUAUCAUUUUUUUGCAGAGAAGGAGUACCAUGUCAUAGUUGAUGCUUGUAUAAAAUACGUUGCACCAAUGCCUGCGAAAGAACGAGACUGUUGAUGCGAAUAAAUUCAAUUUUCCAAGACGCAGGUUGUUUAAAGCAUAUAUAGUAAUUAACAUCCAUUUUCUAGAACAUACUAUAGCAGAGACGUGAAGUUUAUGAGGGAAAAUUUUUUAUUGGUCGGGCAAUAAAAGGAUGUUGGCCCCCUAAUUUUUACCCUUCCAUACGCCUAUGGACUUUAGUAAUAGUAAAAAUAAUGCAUGAUGGAUGGAUGAUAUGACCAUCGUAUCGGAAUAUUGCCAUCUAUUAUCAUGUUUUGUUAAACAUUAAUUAUACUAUACAAUUACUAUAUCCUUAUUAAUGGAGAAAGUACGAUUUUUAAUAAAGUAUAUUCAUUAGUACAAUUUGUACUGUUAGAAUAUGGAGGUAACUGGGUGCCAUACUGCCAUUCUUGCAAGUUUUGUGACAACAGUUCGCUUUUGUGACAACGGUUUAACAUUGCGAAAUUGUCACAAUAUUCUUAACAGUAUUUUUUUAAUGGCUAGCUUGGGAAAAUUUCAACUUUAUUGUCCAUUUUAUUGGAUCUGUCAUGAUAUACUAACGUUGAUUAAUAAAAGAAACAGAGAAAC